AUGUCCAUCCCCGAGAUCACCAUCCACCCACCAUCUUCCACCCACCCCUCACUCUCGGAAGGCACAUUUGACAGAUCAUGGUUCAUGGGUAAAUGGGGUGUCGCGUGGAGUACAUUACCCAUGUGGAAGGGAAAGAAAGCUGGUGCAGAGAAUCACACAAAGUUCGAAGAUCUAGUCGAGUAUAGGAAGGAGUCUGCAGCGGAGGGAAGUAAACCCAGUACAGUCAAGGGAGUCGAUACUCUCACAACCGGCGCCAACGCAGCUACGUUCGAUUGGAAAGGAUCUUCAUACUUGUUUUUCGUUCAUUCACAUUGGGAAGUACUAGGGUUUGGUAAAGAUGAAAUCAAUGGAUUGGAAUGGGCAGUCACAUUCUUCUCCAAAACACUCUUCACUCCAGCAGGAAUCGAUAUCUACCUCCGAUCAUCAUCCUCUUACCCUUCACAAGACUCGCAAGAUACUGCCAUCCGAUCUGAUCUACUGAAGAAAAUCGUCAGCGCUGUGAGUGAGAUCAGUGAAGGGGGUGUCAGUGAAUUGGCACGAAGCGGAUUCGAAAUUCCAGGAAUCGUCUAA